AUGCCUGGCGACGAUGAAGCUCAUGUACUGCCACUGCCGCGCUCGCGGCCCACUGAACAGUUCCAUGUCGGUGGUGCCGCUGGCAAUUCUUCUACAUCAGCAACGGGUGCAUCUCGGUCAUCCAGUGGCAGCCGUGUAUAUUCCGAGACCUCGCCGCAAUCUCAAUUAUCAUCAUAUCAGCACCAUUUGGCGGCGGCUGCGGUCGGAUUACUUCAGCAACAAUCUCAACAACCUACCGCCGGAUCGCGGGAAUCUUCCGCUUUCGUGCCCGUCGUACCAUCGAGAGGGCGAUUAUAUCAUCCCCUCGUAGACGCAGCUGCAUCUAAAAGUAGUGGCGUCGACAGCGGCAGCAAGCCACCGGGAUCUUCAAACGCGGGCUUCGAGUUAAUUGCCAUGAUGGCGGAUAAAAGAAAAGAACUCGCGAUGAGGGAGGCGAUUUUAGCUCGGCAAGCGCCCCCAGUUAUCCCAGGUGGUUUGUAUUCACCAGCGCCCGGGGGAAAUACGUCCGCGGUCUCUCAUGGAGCGUUUGCGUUUCCGCCUUAUGGUGGGGCACCCGCAAUGCACGCGCAUCUAGAUCGAAGGCUUCUGAGAGCACCAGGAAGAGCUGCUAGGCCAAAGAAACAAUUCAUUUGCAAGUUUUGUAAUCGCCAGUUUACAAAGUCAUAUAAUUUAUUAAUACACGAACGCACGCAUACGGAUGAGAGGCCUUACUCAUGUGAUAUCUGCGGUAAAGCAUUCCGCAGACAAGACCACUUGCGCGAUCACAGGUAUAUUCAUUCCAAGGAAAAACCAUUUAAGUGCACAGAAUGCGGCAAAGGCUUCUGCCAAUCGCGCACGCUGGCGGUUCACAAAAUAUUACACAUGGAGGAGUCUCCUCACAAAUGUCCAGUUUGCAGUAGAAGUUUCAAUCAGAGAUCAAAUUUAAAGACCCAUUUAUUAACGCACACAGAUCACAAACCGUAUGAAUGUACAGCAUGCGGGAAAGUAUUUAGAAGAAAUUGCGAUUUGAGGAGACAUGCCCUAACCCACUCAGUUGGCGAUGUUCCGGCUGAAGUUUUAGAUGUAGGAGAGGAAGACGCUCCUCCUUCACCAGCACCGCUUGAUCUAGAGGUGGAAGGUGACGAUGACGAAGAAUCGGAAGUUGCUGAACGUGAUACUUUAGAACAAAUGGAACUAGAACGUCUUAAAGAUCGAGAGCGCAGACGUGCCGAACGCACGCAUUGUCAUCACCAGGAUAGCAAUUACACAAUGCGCCCUACGAUUCACAGCGAAUCCCAGCUCCAGCAUCAGCCGCAACCAUCUACUAUACAACAACCCGAAGUGGCGCACCAGACACAACCUGCCGUCAUGCCACCUUCUCCUAUGCUGCACGUGCGUAGAGAUCUCUUGAGGAAACAUAUGCCUUCUACGAUUUCUCAACAUGGAUUGGUCGAUCAUCAAGUAUCAAGUAGCAGUGCGAGUUUAAUUAUUUCAGGGUACAGAAAGCGACCGGCAUUUUCUUUGCAUGGCGAUGACCCUAUACCAUCAACAUCGUCCACUGUACCUACUAAUUUGAGCAUGCCAAGAAGACAAGUUCCUGCGGUCAUACCGAGCGUGAGUUAUCAUAAGAACCAAAGUGGUUUGAUAUUACAACCAUCGACGACCGCUGAUAAAGAUGGUCCCCUGCAGAUCUCGUCAGGAAUGACAAUUCCAGCAGGGAUUCGAUUACCGCCAAAUAAUUCAAAAGAUCCGCCUGAUCCUCAACCAGUUGUUGCUUCAAGAAAAAGCACUGGCUUUAGUAUAGAGGACAUUAUGAGGCGAUAAUAUAGCAAAUUUCCGUAUCUUAAGAUAAAUAUAUUUAUUAAUCAAGGACUUUUUGAUUAUUUUGUAUUUAUUUUAUUUCAUAGCGUAGAGACUAAAUUAAUUAUGGAUUAUAAACAUAAUUUUCAUAUUACAAAUUUUCUAUAAGUAUGAUUUAAU